AUGCCGAAGAAGAUCGUGGUCUGCGGCGGCAAUGGGUUCCUGGGGUCUCGGAUAUGUAGAGUCGCAGUCGGCCGGGGCUGGGACGUAACCUCCAUCAGCCGUUCCGGCGAACCCACCUGGUCCGCCAUCACAUCCUCGCCCAACGCACCGCCGUGGUCAAGUACGGUGAAAUGGCAAAAAGCCGACAUCCUUAAGCCGGAAACCUACAAGCCCAUGUUGAAUGGCGCAGACGCUGUGGUGCACUCCAUGGGCAUACUCCUAGAAGCGGACUACAAAGGUGUCAUUACGGGGAAAGAGUCGCCGUGGUCCGGGUUGUCGAGGGCUUUUAGUGCAACCAAGGGAGGCAGUCAGAAUCCAUUGGAGAGGAAAGAGGGUGAAGCUUUGGAGCCGCAGGAGAAAGAUGGGCAGUUGACUUAUGAGCUUAUGAAUCGAGACUCAGCAAUUACCCUCGCCCAAGAAGCCUCUUCCCAGAAUGUACCCUCCUUUGUCUUCAUCUCCGCUGCGGCAGGAGCUCCAAUGCUGCCCAAACGAUAUAUCACUACCAAACGUGACGCCGAGUCCACGAUAGCUUCCUCGUUACCCAAGCUUCGGAGUAUCUUCAUACGACCAGGAUUCCUUUAUGACUCGUCUCGGAUGUUCACCAUGCCAAUAGCCGCCGCUGGUAGUAUUGGAAAUAUGGUGAACUCAAUGAUAGGAGGUCGUCUGUCAUGGAUAGCGGGUGCCGCUGUUGAAAAACCGCUGAAACCAGAUCUUGUGGCAGAGGCCGUGGUCGAGGCUAUCGAGGAUGGCGCAGUGAAGGGUGUCGUGGGGACGAGCGAUAUAGAAGCGUUAGCCACCAAAGCGUGGAGGAGAGGCAUGUUAUGA